AGCUAUUGUGACAGAAACAAAAACAGGCGGAAUGAAUGCAAGUUAAAAUGACUCUCCAAGGAGCGAAAAAUAAACCUACACAUUAUCUUAACCUCAUCAGUUAGGAGCUGAGAGCAAGAUAAGCUGUCCCAGAUCAGGGACCCAUCAACAAAUUUAAAAUCAGGAAAAUGAAGGGGACGGGAGUAUCCGCGAAGGCAUUUUACUGCAGAAACUAAGAGACCCAGGACCUGGCUGGAUCAUGCGGCCCCUCGGUGGUCCAUGUUGGCGUUUCUUGCCUCGCGGACUCGGGCUUUGGAGCUCGCCUGCGGGGACCUUGAGAGUCGUGCUGAGGCCAUUCUGCGUGCGGCGAGAGGGGGCGUGGCGGGCUUCAGGGCUCGGAGGUUGCUACCUGGGAAGCCGGCCCCUGAGCACUGCGAUGCCGCCACCGCCUGGGUCGAAGGACCACAGAGACACAACGCGCCCCUCGAAGCCCGGGCCUGUUUCCUGGAAGUCUUUAGCAUUCACAUUCGCUCUUGGAGGAGCUUUAUUGGCUGGAAUGAAGUACUUCAAGAAAGAAAAGAUGGAAAAGCUGGAGAAGGAACGGCAGCGAUCCAUAGGAAAACCUUUACUUGGGGGACCAUUUUCUCUCACAACUCAUACUGGAGAGCCGAAAACUGACAAGGACUACCUGGGCCAGUGGGUACUGAUUUAUUUUGGUUUCACUCAUUGCCCUGAUAUCUGUCCAGAAGAACUAGAAAAGAUGAUUCAAGUUGUGGAUGAAAUAGAUAGUAUUCCAACACUGCCAAAUUUAACCCCACUUUUCAUCACCAUUGACCCAGAAAGGGACACCAAAGAAGCCAUUGCAGAUUAUGUGAAAGAAUUUUCUCCCAAACUGGUUGGCUUGACUGGCACAAAAGAAGAGAUUGAUAAAGUGGCCAGAGCUUACAGAGUGUAUUACAGUCCUGGCCCCAAGGAUGAAGAUCAGGAUUACAUAGUAGAUCAUACGAUAAUAAUGUACUUGAUUGGACCAGAUGGUGAGUUUCUAGAUUAUUUCGGCCAGAACAAGAGGAAUGCAGAAAUUGCUGGUUCAAUUGCUGCACACAUGAGGGAACAGAGGAAGAAGAGUUAGCCAGAGCUGUGUUGUCGGGCGCAAUACUCUCUCACUAAAGAGGAAGGAAGCCUUGUCUCCCAUGGGAGCCAAUAUAUAUAUGCAGCUUAUGGAACGGCCUUUAUGCAGCAAGAACAUCACUCUUGGGCUCACCUGAGAUAGCCUCUUGGAACUGAAAAGCUCACUGUGAGACUGCGACAUGAAGCCAUGGAGAGCGGAAGGACGCAGCAGGAAGAGGCACGGUUGGUGUGUUUACCUGUGUCAACAGUGCCCUGUUCAGCUUGGCUGCCUUUCCAAUGUCUUGGAUGCUUUCUUCACAGGUUGUGGGAUGUAAUUUCCAGGAAAAGAAUGUAAUUUCUACAGUGCUCUUGCUUUCCUUUAUGAUGAGUUCUUGGUAGCUGAUUUGGAGAAAAACAGUCAAAUUAGACCCUCUACCAUUCAAAGUUAAUCUUUAUGCUUGAAAGCUUAAGUGUCUUCUUCCUUGUUAAUGAAUGUCAGUGUCAGGUUUACAUUUCAUUCCACUGCCAACAAGUGCUGAUUUGACUCAUGAAAAGGAAAUGCCUGUUUGGGGAAAACCAUUGGGUUGUUGUUCAGGGUCUUUAUUGUGACGUGUAGCUAAAUGAUGUGCCAGGUUUCCAAGGACAUGCUAAAUGGUUAGAAGAGAAUGUUGAUCAUGGAUGUGGUGUAGAGUACCUUUCUGCACGUAUUGGACUUCACCGUAUGUACAAUAAACAUUUAUUUGAUUUUGCAAA